AUGGGCAACGCGCUGCUGCUCGCGGCCGUGAAGGACCGGCAGGCCGUGGCGCUGGCCGACGCCAUCUUGCCGUUCGACAACCUGCGGCUGCACGAGGUGGAGGCGUUCUGGCGCGCGUUCUACGACUCGGCCACGAGCUUCGCGCUGUCCAAGAGCCAGCUGCGGUCCAUCUGCUGUCGCGCAGUCGCCAGCGGCGUCUCCAGUCUGCAGGGCUCCAAUGCGCGGGUUGCUGAGUACGCAGACGCUGCGUUUGAGCUGUUCACCGACCCUUUCAUGCAGCGGAGGUGGUCGCAGCUGCAGCCAGGCGCUCGAGGGCUGCAGAGCCAGCAGUACUCGAGCGCGAGCGACAGUUUGGCUGCAAUUGACGCUCUCGAGUUCCUCUCAGCCAUUGCGUUUAUUGCCGCAAUUCCGCUGGACGAGAAGAUUGACUUGUUGUUUGACUCGUGGGAUAUGUCGGAGGAUGGCGCGCUGGACCUGGACGAGUUCACCAUUUCGUUGAAGUCGACGCUGUCGGGACUGGCCAAGAUCAUCCAGCCGGUCGCGCCAAGCCUCGCCACGAGAACCACAAACGUGGAUCCGGUUGUGGAUGAAGACGAGAUUAUCCUCCUGGCGGAGUCUAACUUCCGAGAAAUCGCCAACUGUGGAGUGGCCAUGCCAAAAGAGAAGGUGACAGAGCAGGAAUCGGUCACAAUUACCUGUGAACAAUUUCGGGAAUUCUGCGUGAAGAAUAAGCGAGCAAAGGAGCUCUUUGACGUAUUUGACGUAGCUGAUGCUAGCCCCGAGAAUGUUGAAGCUGGUGUGUUGGUGGACACAGCGCAAGAUGAUGUCGGUGACAUGUUUCUAGCAGUGAAACCAUGGGUCGGAGCUAUUGUACCUCCGAGUAAAAUCCCGCCACUUUCCAAAGGAGCCCCGUUGGUCUCAAUUCAACUGGACUGGAUAUUUGGCUAUAGCGCGCAGGAUUGCAAGAACAAUGUACGCUUCGCCUCAACGACGACUGGGGCCAAAGUGGGACGCUUUGAGGAGAUAGUAUACCCAGCCGCUGCAGCUUGUGUUGUCUUAAACAGCAAAACGAUGAAGCAGCGCCACCAUCUAGCUCACACUAAUGACGUGCUCAGUUUGUGUCUGCACCCUCGUCUUCCUCUCGCUGCAAGUGGUGAAAUUGGCAAACAGCCCAAGAUUAUCGUCUGGGACCUUGAGGCUAUGGAGACACAAUGUAUUCUGCAAGGGUUUCACAAGCGCGGUAUCUUGCAGCUAGCGUUUCUGACCUCUGAAAUGCUGGUAUCAAUUGGUGGUGAUGACGAUCACAGUAUCGCAGUGUACGAGUCGAGCAACAGUUGGAAAUCAGCCGUGCUGAAAAUUUCAGUGAAAGGCAACAAAGCGGCUUCGUUCCACAUCACUACCAACCCUCGAAUGUCAAGGGAGUUUGUCACGUGUGGUCAAAAGUACGUUGAGUUUUGGUCACUCGAAGGGAAAGAACUUGUCUCGAAAAAGGGUUUGCUAGGAAAGAAGGGAUCCCUGCAGUCAUUCCCUGUGGCCCAGUAUCUCGAAACAGCGGAUCAAGCUGUCGUGGUUGGAACAAGUGAUGGUUGUUUGUACCUUUUCGUAGGACGACAACUGACGAAUGUCGUUAAGGCUCAUGAAGGCGCUAUUACUGCGUUGUCUUACUCGUCGGGCAUUUUGUUAUCGGGAGGGCGAGAUGGUCAAAUCGCUCAAUGGGAUGACAAGCUGAAACAAAUAGGACCUCCCAUCCAGAUCCAGAAUGUCAUUGAAGCGUCCUCACAACCUCAGCGCAAGGCGGUUCGAAGUUGUUGUUUCUCACCUGACAGGAGAACGAUUCUUGUUGGCACCUUAGCGUCCGAAAUUUACGAGUUGGAUGCUAAGACGGGUCAAAAUGUACACAUGGAUGCUCUGAUGAAAGGCCACUUCCAGGGAGAAUUGUGGGGAUUGGAUACCCACCCCACAAAACAACAGUGCUGCACAGUCGGAGAUGACCAGACACUUCGGAUCUGGGACUUGGUAGCGCAACAUGAGUUGGGAUUCGUAGAAUUGCCAAUCCCAGGGCGUGCUUGCGUUUACUCCGGAGACGGCAAAUUGAUCGCGGUUGGUCUUGGAACUGAGGACUCCGGGAAAGCUGGAAGCGGAUCUCAAUCGAAAGGAGGCAGUGGUAAGACACGACAGCCAAAUGGAGGUUUCGUUGUUUACAGUGCUGUUGACCUAACCUGUGCAAAGGAGCCCUGCUUCGACGCGAAACGCUGGGUUAGCGAUAUUAAGUUCUCGCCCGACAAUCGAACCCUAGCGGUUGCAAGUCACGACUCGAAAAUCUAUCUGUAUAACGUUCUCAAGGGAUUCUCGCGUACUCACGUAUUUAACAAGCACUCGAGUUACAUCACGCAUAUGGACUUCUCGCUGGACGGCAACUACUUGCAGAGCACUUCGGGUGGGUACGAGCUCUUGUUCGCUGAAGUGAAGACUGGAAAGCAUAUUACCAAUGCCACAUCGUUUCGGGAUGAGUUGUGGCACACUAUGACUAGCACGCUGGGGUGGUCCGUGCAAGGAAUUUGGGAAGCAGAAAGUGAUGGCACUGACGUGAACGCCGUGGACCGAUCAAACAACGGAAAACUACUGGCAACUGGCGACGAUUUCGGAAAAGUAAAAGUUUUCCAGUACCCUUGUGCCCUGGAAAAAGCGUCAUCUCUCGAGCUACGUGGGCAUGCUUCCCACGUCACCAACGUCAGAUGGUCUGCCGAUGAUAACUACAUUGCUUCAGUUGGUGGAAACGACCGAUGUCUUUUUAGAGCUGAUGACCCCUUGGAAAUUGCGGCAACGAACGAUGAUAUCGGUGAUGAAUUCAUGGCGGUACGUCCAUGGCUAGGAGCUGUAGUCGCUCCAACAAAUGCUGCAUCGAUGAAAGUGGACAGCUCAUCGCCGCAUACCAGGCUAGAACUGGAACGAGUACACGGCUAUCAAGCUCAAACUGCUUCAAAUAACGCGCGAUACGAUUCGAACGGCAAAGUAGUGUACCAUACUGCAGCUUUGGGCGUCGUAUUUGACAGAAACUCUCAACGUCAGGCAUUUUUCAAGAGUCACGAUGAUGAUGUUGUGGCGCUGUGUGCUCAUCCGAAUGGCACAACGUUCGCCACUUCACAGAUGGGUAAGAAACCUAAAAUCUACGUCUGGGACUCUGUUACUGGAGAAGCUAUAGUUCCCUGUCUAGAAGGAUUUCACCAGCGGUUCGUUAACACGAUUUGCUUUUCAAGUGAUGGUACAAAACUCGGAAGCGUUGGGGGUGACGACGACCAUUCCAUUGCAAUUUACUCAUGGCACACUGGAGUAUUAUCCUGCCAAUCUCGCGGUGAGCGCAACAAUGUGCGUGGGAUCUGCUACCAUGCUGCUACGAAGGAAUGGGUGACAUGCGGCGACAAACACAUUCGGUUCUGGACGGAGCAAGGGAAGAACCUCACGUCAAAGAAGGCCAUCUUCGGAACGAAAGCGUAUCAAAACGGAAAGGUGCCGUCUGUCUUCGACUGUGUCGUAUCUUUCGGACAAAUGGUUAUUGCAGGUGGCUCGAGUGGACACUUACUCGUCUUUCAAAGCUCGGUAGACGUAACCAAAGCCAUUCCGGCGCAUGAAGGUGCUGUACUGGCACUGUAUGCGACUGAAAGGGAGCUAAUAAGUGGCGGGAAGGACGCGAAGAUUGCCGUUUGGGACGCCCAACUGAACAAAGCGGCUUCUUUUGAUAUGAAAGAGUAUACGCUCCAGGGAGCCAAACUAUUGAACCCAGAAAUCCGAAGUAUCUGCUCCAGUCGGUCUUCGCCCAGGGUGUUUUUAGUUGGCACUGGAGGGAGUGAUCUACUUGAGCUUGAUGCUGGACGCGCUCAGCCAACGUUGUCAACAAUUACUCGAGGGCAUUUUAAAAGUGAAGUCUGGGGGCUUGCGUGCCACCCAACCAAGCAAGAGUACUGCACAGUUGGAGAUGACCAAACUAUUCGAGUAUGGUGCCUGGCUAUGAAGGUUCAACUGCGAGUCCAACGACUAGAAUGUGUUGCUCGUGCUUGUGCACUGACCGACUCCACAGACAUUGUAGCGAUUGGCUUUGGAGGGAGAAACGCAGUCACUGGCUUAACCAAAGCCGCUCAAGCGAAGACAGGGGGCAUCGUGUUACUGUGUUACACUGACUUGACGAAGAAGGUGUUCGAAGAUCGACCGUCCAAACAAGCGAUCAGUGAGAUGAAGUUUUCCCCUAGUGGUUCUGUGCUUGCAGUUGGCUCGCAUGAUCACAAGAUUUAUCUGUAUCGCUUGGACCGGAAUGCCACAAAAGUGACAAAAGCAGGCGUCUUUGACAAACAUCAGAGCUACAUCACGCAUCUCGAUUUCUCUGCGGAUGGCCAAGUAUUACAGAGUAACUGCGGUGCCUACGAGCUCCUCUUCAGCAAUGCUACUACCGGCAAGCACAUCACAUCUGCGAGCAGCACGAAAGACACGCAAUGGCAUUCAUGGACAUGUGUGCUCGGGUGGCCCGUACAAGGUAUUUGGCCACCGUGUUCAGAUGGAACGGAUGUGAAUGCAGUCGCUCGGAACUCACGCGAAGAUUUAUUGGUCACCUCGGACGACUUCGGACUCGUCAAGCUUUAUCGCUACCCAUGCGUGGCGAAAAAUGCAAGUUCGUUGGAUCAUCGCGGGCAUUCCUCUCAUGUGACCAACGUCCGGUGGUCUCACGACGAUAGCUAUGUCAUUAGCAUUGGUGGAAAUGACCGAUCCGUGAUGGAGUGGAAAUCAGAAGAAGAGGAGCUUGAUGAUCCUGCAGGUGAUGAGUUCAUGGCUGUGAAACCUUGGAUAGGAGCAAUCGUAGCCCCUACAAAUGCUGCCACGCCCAACUCGCGCGAACCAGACGUCAAGCCUGAGCUUGAAUGGGUGUACGGCUAUCAGUCAGAGCUAUCACAACAGAACUUGAUAUACAACGCACAGGAUGAAAUUGUUUACCACACCGCCGCAGUGGGGAUUAUCUACGACUCAACGAAUCACUUGCAAAAGCACCAUGUUGGCCACAACGACGACAUCAUCAGCUUUGCGGUGUGCGACGCUAAACGCAACCUUAUCGCGACAGGAGAGCGCGGGAAGAAGCCUGCGUUGAGGGUGUGGGAUGCCCACACGGGCGAGCUACGCUGCGAAAUGAAGGAAUUUCACUCUCGCGGUAUUGUAUCAGUUGGCUUCAGUAGUGAUUCCACGAGGCUGGUUAGUGUCGGAGAUGACGAUGAUCACUCACUAGCAGUUUGGAGUGACGCGAGCAAUGGGUCGUGGACUUUGGCUAAGCUCCUGGCUACUGGCAAAGGUGAUAAGGGGGUUAACCGCUUUGCUUCCUUUGGGACGAACGCUGACACCAUUAUCACUGGGGGAGUCAAGCACGUGCUGUUUUGGACUAUCCAAGGAAAAGCCAUCGCUUCGAAGAAGGGGGUAGUUGGCAAGCAAGGAACUCUUCAGACGUUCCCUUCCGGCUGCAACUUUGGAGGGGAUUUCGUGACGGGGACGGCAGGUGGCGAGCUGUACGUCUGGCGAGGGAGUGAUCUCUCUCGAACGGUGAAGGCUCACGAUGGAGAAGUUCGUGUUGUGACAAGCACGACUCUAUCCGAUAACCCUGCUGGAAAAACUGCAGUGCUGCUAUCAGGUGGGAAGGAUGGCCGCGUUAUCAUGUGGAGCUCUGCGUAUCAAUCGCUAAAGUGCUUCGAUCUGGACGCAAUGCACGUCGGUAGCUUCGGUAGAGUCAUCAACAGUGUCUUUCUCAACUCCACUGGCAGGAAUCUCCUUGUCGGCACUUGUUCCAGUGACAUCACCGAGAUAGACGUGUCAAGCGGAAGUGUUCUGAAUGGCGGCCAGCCACUUUUUUCCGGCCAUUUCGCGUUGGAACUCUGGGGGUUAGCAGCACAUCCGUCUCAAAGAGAGUUCGUGACGGUCGGCGAUGAUCGGACACUUCGAAUUUGGGAUAUGGACGCGAAGCGCUUGAUCCAGGCACGUGCUAUCCCUGCAAAAGCUCGAGCAUGCGCGUAUUCGCCCGAUUCGGAACUUGUAGCGGUUGGCUUUGGUGGCGACAACGGUGUACGGCAAAGAAGAAAGUCAGCAGCACCUAAGCAGGGCCAAGCGCAGUCGAGAGAGGGUGGCUUUGCUGUCUUGAGGACGCGCGAUCUGGACACCGACAAGAUCGUGUUUGAAGACAAACCCGCCAAGGAAUGGAUCAGUGACGUCAAGUUCUCACCCUGUGGGAACAUUUUGGCUCUAGGAUCUCAUGACAACUCCAUCCACCUCUACUCCGUUGGCUCCGGGGCGUCGGAAUUCAAGAAGCGCAAGCCAUUCAGCAAGCACAACAGCUACAUCACGCACUUCGACUUUUCCGAGGACAGCAGCUACCUGCAGUCAAACUGCGGGGCCUACGAGUAUCUGUUCUGCGAUACAGCAUCCAGUAGCCACGUGAGUCGAGCGUCAUCGAUGCGGGAUGUCAAGUGGGCGACCUGGACGUGCACUUUGGGCUGGCCCGUGCAGGGAAUCUGGCCGGAAUGUGCCGACGGCACUGACAUCAACGCAGUGUGUGCGUCCUCAUCACGCACGAUCCUCGCGUCCGGAGACGACUCCGGCAACGUCAAGUUCUUCCGCUAUCCGUGCAUUCCGAAGGGGUCCAAGUUCAUUGCAUGCCGAGGUCACUCUUCGCACGUUGCAAACGUGCGCUUCAGCUUCGACGACAAGUACCUCAUCUCCGUCGGUGGCAACGACCGAUCCAUCUUCCAGUGGAAGCUGUCGUAG